AUGUAUAUCUCCAAGGCUGGCGUCUUGAGCAUUUCCCUCUCCCUGGCCUCUGCUACAACUGUGACAUUCAAUGGGUAUUAUAGCGACGACUCAGUACCUGUCAGUGAGCUUGCCUGUUACAAGGACGGGGAAAUCUUUAAAGACCAAGACUGGGUGAAACUGGGAGAUAUCACUCCCGACUUUGCUGGGUUCGAUGGAAUUGAUGGCCCCAACUCUGCGUUAUGUGGUACCUGUUGGUCUCUUAGUUAUGGAUAUACAAGUCGAUCAGUACUUGUUCUCGAUGGACCAAGAGGCGGCUCUGGCUUUGUAACCUCAUUCACGCUGAUGGACUCACUUACGGGUGGUAAAGCUGAACAGCUGGGUCGGGUCAAUGUAACUGCUUUUCAGGUAGAACUUCUGGAUUGUGGCAUUGCUCCUGAACCAAAAAGUCAGGAGCUCAAGAGGGCAGUUGGCGGUAACUCGAAUUGGCUCUACGAUAGACUCACUUAG